GCGCUCUCGGUGCUUCCUGAGGUCAUCGAGGCGCGACGGCGGCGGGAGCUGUGUCCGGCUCCUCUCGGCGCGAUCCCGUCGGGAUUGUUUUCAGAAAGACAUGACCACACAGUACGGUAUUCUCUUCAAGCAAGAGCAAGCUCACGAUGAUGCCAUUUGGUCAGUUGCUUGGGGCAAAAAUAAAAAUGAUGGUUCUGAAACAGUGAUCUCUGGCUCUUUGGAUGAUCUGGUAAAGGUCUGGAAGUGGAACGAUGAGAAGCUGGAUCUGCAGUGGACUCUGGAGGGUCACCAGCUGGGGGUGGUGUCUGUGGACAUCAGCCACACGGGUGCCAUUGCAGCCUCCAGCUCCCUGGACGCCCACAUCCGCCUCUGGGACUUGGAGACUGGCAAGCAGAUCAAGUCCAUAGAUGCUGGUCCUGUUGAUGCUUGGUCCCUGGCUUUUUCACCUGAUUCCCAGUACCUUGCAACAGGAAGUCACGUGGGGAAAGUAAAUAUUUUCGGUGUUGAAACUGGAAAGAAAGAAUAUUCUCUAGACACCAGAGGAAAGUUCAUCCUUAGCAUUGCAUAUAGUCCAGAUGGAAAAUACUUGGCCAGUGGAGCAAUAGAUGGCAUUAUCAAUAUUUUUGAUAUUGCGACUGGAAAACUUCUGCAUACGCUAGAAGGCCACGCCAUGCCCAUCCGCUCGCUGACCUUCUCCCCUGACUCCCAGUUACUCGUCACCGCCUCCGACGACGGCUACAUCAAAAUCUACGACGUGCAACAUGCAAACUUGGCUGGCACAUUAAGUGGUCACGGAUCCUGGGUUUUAAAUGUAGCAUUUUGUCCCGAUGAUACCCAUUUUGUUUCCAGUUCAUCUGAUAAAAGUGUGAAGGUCUGGGAUGCUGGAACGAGGACCUGUGUCCAUACUUUUUUUGACCACCAAGAUCAGGUAUGGCUGCUAUUCCCCGAGUCACCAUGUUCCCAGGAAAGCUUGUGUAGCUGUGCACAUUUGUGCUUCACCUUGGUGCUGCAGCUCCAGGCUUGCAGUAAUGCAGCUUUAGCCUGCUAUAAUGAAAUUUUAGAAGUUGUGGUUAUUUAGCACUUAAUAUUGAACUAGUACUCCCAGGUGUAUAAGCUGAUCUCUUUCAAGUUAAUAACAUUUUUCAGGCCCAAAUAAAGGCAAUCCUGAGUGGCCUAAGUCUCACCUGACUCUAUUUGUUACCUUUUCUCUGGUUUUACUUAUUUCUAACACAGCACGUGCAUGUGUAAGGGUGGAAAUACUUAUUUAAAAGGAUGGAAUUACUUAAAUAGAUGCUUGAAAGCAGCCUGGAAACUUGGGGAGCUUUUCCUCCUUCAGUGUCUGCAAUACUGUGGGUUUUUAAUUUAUUGUUCAGUGAUGGCUACCUGUGAGGGAAGGAGUGAGGUUUCUACCCAUUUACUCUUUGUCCAAAUGUUAGGUGAUAAACAGAACAAUGUUAUAUUUUAAUGGACCACUGAGCAAGAAACAAAGGCUAUUCUUCCAGAUUUUACUUGAAUGUUUUCUUCUGUAGUACUUUCUUGCUGGUAACCUUCUUUUUAGUUACUUAUAGUUGUGGGGGUUUUAAUAUUGAAGUACCAAGUGGGACUUGAUUUCCCCUGUUGUUUUAGCUAUUGAGUAUGAUCUCAUUCAGUCUGUGGCAAAGAGAGAUGUGUUAGUUACUGGGAAUGCUGGGUUUGGGUACUAAAAUAGUGUACGAGAUUACCCAAAACACACUGCUGUCAACACACCAUUCAUGGGUGUACCACAUUCUUGUGCUGGGUAGCCUUCACCCUUCCUGAUGCCAUUCUGAGGGAGAUGGGUGUCAAGCAAGAGCUUGUAUCACUGCCUUAGAUCAGAGUGACCUGAAUUUUUCUAAGGUUUGCACUGUUAGGUAAAUGGUUCUCUGAAAGAGCUAAGGGAUAAACCCAGUCAUUCUUCAGUCUGACAUAAGCCCCAUCUGCAUGACAAAUACUUCCUCUCUUCCUUUCCUGCACUGUGAAAUACGAUUUUCAGAAAGGGCUGCAGGAUGGGCAAGAGUGAAAAUGCUUGGGUUAUUUAUGCAAACUGGGGCAAGCACUUUUCAGCCCUGACCGAGGAUCUCUGGCUAGUGUAAGCCAGGCAGGGGCAGCGGCUGUAGGAGCUCGUCAGGCUCCUAGAGGGCAGCGUCCUGCUCUGCUUCCACAGCCUUAGCUGCUGACGAGGCAGAAGCCAGAACUACACCAGUUCUGAUUAGGUGACUUUUCAAUAAUCUUUCCUCUACUCCUCAAAUUAAAUAUUACUGCCACAAAGAUUCUUU